AUGGCUCGGAAUGUUAACUUUGACCUGGGCCACCCCCUCAUGGAAGCUGGACUGGAGAGCCCUGCUGAUGAGGAAGGUGUUCAUGACUCAUUCCACCAGCUGCUAGCGGAGCAGUGUCAAACUGGAGACUUGAGUGAAGCUUUUGAGCUUCAACAACUACAGAAAGAACUGGAUGAGGAGGGCCAAGAUUAUGUACCCGGCCUGUCUAGCCCUGGACUAGAGCGGGGUGAGCGGCGGAAUCACAGAAGACGAUUAGCAAAUCAGAAUGAUGAAAGAGAGACGGACCCUUCCUCUGGUGAACGUUGGUCUUCAGCUACAUUAAAGAUCCUGUCUUCCAUGCCCAGCCGCACCAUUGGUCGCAACAGGGGAGCCAUCAUCUCUCAGUAUUACAACAGAACCAUGCGGCUUCGUAGGCGCAAGCAGAGCAGACCCUCCAUCCGUGACUUCUCACGGUCAGCUCGACCAACCAUACGAGGUUACGGCAUAGAGACGGAUAGCACAGAUGCAGAAGUAAAUAAAAGGGAACGCUUGGUGAACAACUUGCAGAACCUGUCAGUGAGUGACAGAAUUAAGAUGCUUCGGGCCAUGCCUCUCAGUGUAGCAGAAAAGAGUGAACUCAGAGGGUUAGCUCUGCAAAAACAGAGACGCAAUCUGUCUGGCAAUCAGAUUCCCUGCUGUAGUCGACUCAAAUAUUACAUCAUCAUUCUGUGGCAAGUGGCACUCAAGCGAGUGAGCGGGCGUUUUGGCAGCGGGGUCCUGUCGUACUUCCUGUUUCUGAAGACGCUGCUCUUCUUCAACCUCUUCCUCUUUCUGGUGAUUGCUGCGUUUAUAGUGCUUCCUCAGGCAGUGUACCCUCCGGCUCUGCCUCACGGUAGACGCUCCUUCACUGGACUGGAGCUUCUGACUGGAGCGGGAUAUUUCUCGGACACAGUGAUGUACUAUGGCUACUACUGUAACUACACGCUACGUUUGAGCUGCAGGAAUGAAAGUGGAGAGUCGUACAUAUCUGUGUCAAAUGGAACCAAUGCGGACUGCGUGAUGAAGCGUUUGCCUUAUAAGAUGCCACUCGCCUAUUUAUUAACUAUAAGCACAUCCUUCUUCGUCACAUGUAUAAUCCUUGUGUACAGCAUGUCAAAAUCAUUUGGUCGAAGCUUCCGGAUUGAUAAAUCUUAUAGUAUCCUGGCCAUGAAGGCCUUCUGCUCCUGGGACUUCAAGGUCAUCAAAAAAUCUUCUGUUAAACUCAUGUCUGAGAAUAUCUGCAUCCAACUCAAGGAGCUGCUAGCAGAGGUGAAUCAUAAACGUUCCAAAAACAGUCUGUGCCAGAACCUGUGGAGGGUGGCGGUCCACUUCUUCUCAUGGACUAUCUGUGUAGCUAGCACCACCGCCUGUGUGCUUGCCAUCUACUACUUCUCUGAAUACAUACACCGGAACCUCCAGCAAAGCUCUCGUAGUCUGUCCAAGGACCCAUUACUGCACGAGGCCAGCCUGCUGGCUCUUCCUGUGGUGGUGUCCUGUAUAAACGUGCUGCUGCCUCUAAUGUUCAACCUGGCGGCAUGGAUGGAGGACUACGAGUCACCUUCUGUGCGCACAUAUGUUGCCAUUGGCAGAAACCUGAUGUUAAAAGUUAGUGUGCUUGGAGUACUCUGCUAUCAUUGGCUGGGUCGGGUGGCUGCUGAUCCAAGCAGUAUUGGCCUGAAGUGCUGGGAGAGUUUUGUUGGCCAAGAACUUUAUCGCUUCCUGUUAAUGGAUUUUAUCUUCACGUUACUAAACAGCUUGUUUGGAGAAUUUCUUUGGAGGCUGUUUUCAGAGAAGGUGCUGAAGAAGAAGAGGAAGCCAGUGUUUGAUAUCGCCAAGAAUGUCCUUGACCUCAUCUAUGGGCAAACGCUGGCCUGGCUUGGCCUUCUCUUCACGCCCCUGCUGCCUGCAGUGCAGAUACUGAAACUCCUGCUGCUCUUUUACAUUAAAAAGAGCAGCGUGAUGAUGAACUGUCAGGCCCCCAGUAGGCCAUACAGAGUUAGCCAGAUGACCACAAUCUUUAUCACUCUCCUCUGCUUCCCUUCCUUCCUUGGAGCCUCGGUUUGUGUCACCUACUCCAUGUGGAGCAUCACACCAUCCUCAUCUUGUGGCCCCUUUCGUGAACUCAAAACAAUGUUUCAGGCGGGAAAACGUUGGGUAGAGGACAUAGAAAAAGAAAAUUCCAAUUUAUCGAUGUUGGCCAAGGCUCACUUGUAUCUGGUGGAAAACCCACUGUUCCUCUUUCUAGGAGCAGGCAUCUUUCUGAUUGUCAUCUAUUUCCACAGCCAAGUGGUAGAUGGCCAACGGAAGAUCAUCAAUUUACUGCAAGAGCAGAUAGAAAAUGAGGGAGAGGACAAGAAAUUUCUCAUCACUCGCCUGCAAUCCAUCCAUGAACAGAAACGAACACCUGGCCGAAGGCUCACAAGCCAGGUGCAUUGGGUUUACGCUGCGGGUUCAAGAUUCUGCCUGCUGAGAGUGCAUCUUCUGUACUCCAGCAGAUAUGCUUCCUUCAAAUCUGAAGACCUUUUAACUGGAAAAAUUACUUGA